AUGAAGUAAAAUCGGUUGAAUUCCCAUUCAAAAACUGUUAUAAGUCCUUCACUAGAUAGAUAAGUACAAGGUAAAAAGAGUCAAGAACUGAAGAUGUCAAUAGCUCCCUAUUCUCAGACUCAGAACUACUUCUCUUAUAACUCAUCUCCAGCCGGGAAAGAUGAGAACAGUAAGAUGUACUCUCUUGAGGAUUACCUGCUUAAGGAAAAGCACAAGAAGUCGUUUCUAUCUUCUUAAACUACUGUUAAGAGGUACUAUGUGCUAGAUUUCUCAACUCAAAGCCUUUACUACAAAACAACUAAAAAGUCAAUGGAUUGCAAAUUAGUGUCGUCAUUUAAGUACUUCAAGCAAGUGAGUAAGAUAGUGCAUUCAAAUAUGGCUGUUGUCAAGAAGUAUCCCUAUGCUAUGAGACUUGACACUAACAAGCAAACAAAUAUUUUGUACUUUGAGACUUAGGAAAAAUUAAACAGAUGGAUUAAUAUGAUAAAUUUAGUCAUUGAUGAUCAAAAGACGAGGAGUUUAAUCAAGAGCUUCAGAGAUCGAAAGUCGUUUGAGAAUUCUGUAGUGUAUUUCAACACUUUUGAGCAGCAGCUAGACUAAGGAGGUGCAAUUGCCAAAUAGACGGUUGAAGAAGAACAGAUUAUUAAAAAAGUUCAUUAAACAUCUAAGCAGUUAGAGAAAAGCAAAGAACUUCAAGUAAUUCCAGAGCGAGAGAAAAGUAUAAAUAACUUUGGCUCUGUUAAUACUUAGAGUCAGAAUCAGUACUUAAAUCAAGAUCAGAGCAGGUCAAUCAAUCAAGUGCAGUUAAACUGGCCUAAGCAUAAUGAUAUUAUUUUGGAAUUGCCGAAUACAAGCAGACACAAAGUCAGUGAGCAGUUUAGUUUUAAAGAGGAUGUAAAUUUCAUGAACCUCAAGGGCUCAAACAUUCAAAAAUCAGCUAGGUUCUCAGUCGAUAGUCAGGGGAGCAGAGCUAGCAGCCUUCCUAGUGAAAGAAGUGAUGAGGUGCCAUCCGAGAACAAGCCUUCUCUCUAAGUUUAGAAUUUAGACACAGUAUUUUUAUCUCCGACAAGAACCACUAACACAAACAGAAGAUAAAACAGUGAUCUCGGAGAAAACAUCGAUCAGUCAAUACAGGACAUAUCAAUCAUUAACACUUAGAACUCUGAGAUUUGGAGAGUAGACACCUCAAUGUGUGCCAAUCAUGACCUCAUGUCUUUCCAACUUAGUAGGAUAUGCAAUUAGUCAGUGCAUGGAGGCAUUAGAGGCAAGAACUUCGUCAGCUAGAAUACAACUUAAUAGACUAAGCAAAAAAGUAAAAAUAUGUUCUCUACUGGAUAAAUUAAAUACAAGCCUUUGUAAAAACGAGAUGAAUUGAAAGCUAGAAUUGGAAAGGUAUUUGGCAGUCCUCUAAGUACAAAAGGCCUUUUAGUCAAAUCAAUUAAUGUAAAUAAGCUUCCUUCGUUUAGAGCAGACGAUGAGACGAAGUAUCCCUUGUCUUUCGAAGGGAGAAAUAACUCAAAGUACAGUUAUAAUUCAAAACCUAUAGAUCGCAAAAAGCAGCCCAAAUUAAUAUCAAUGGAUAAAUCACCAAAGUCAAAAGCUACUGGCUCUUAACUUAGAUCUCAGAAGACCACUACGGUGGGCUCACAGAUGAUUACACUUAGAUCCAAAGAUAAUAAACUAAUCAAACUUGAUCAUAGAAUAGCUCAGUAGUCUUAUCUAAUAAGUGGUAUGAUUGAGGACAGACAGGGAUCAACUGAUCUGAAUUCAGAAGAUGAGGCUAUUCCCUUGAAUUUCGAUGAAAAACUUUUGGUUAAAGUGUUUGAGUAUAUGAAAUACGAGUAUGAAGUAGAGAAGCUGCCUGAACUACCCAGACCAUUGCCAACUGACAGGCUUUAGGACUCUAUGCCCUAAUGGUUUGCUUAGUACAUAAAUAUGCAGAACUUAGAGGAAAUUUAUGAUGUGAUAGCAGCAGCGAACUACUUAGAUGUGCCUAACCUUGUGGAAUUAGGGUGUGCAAAGGUUGGAGCAAUGAUGAAAAACAAGACUAUUCCUGAACUUAGAAAAAUGUUCAAUAUAGUAAAUGAUUUCACCCCAGAGGAAGAGAGAACCAUUCUAGAAGGCAAAGCUGACAUUUGGGGAGACGAGGAUGAUGAGGGAGAUGAGAAUGAGCAAGCAACUACCAUAUAAGGCAAUCUCAGGAAUCGUGGGAAUCAGGAAGAGUAUAAAAUUUCUAAAUGA